AUAUUUGCUGACACAAGUAUUUAUAGAAGGCUACGUAUGAACCAGGUAUGAAGAGGUAACCAUUUGCAAUCAUACAAGCGUUUCCAUUGACAGUGACACCUCCACUCCAAAAUAUAAUUCCAGUAGACCUCUAUUCACCUCCCCUGUUACCUGACUCCUCGAGCAGUGUUUGGUGACCAUGUUAAGUGAAUGAAACCGUAAAAAUAGACUUGACAACUUGACCCCUUCUGCCAUCCUCUGAAUGAAGUUAAUAAAUAUGGCAAUCUGUCAGUGCGAAGUAGGCCUAGGCUACAGUGCGUAGGAGCAGAUGGACUUCCCACCAAUGACAUUUCGGUUACUCACCGACCUGCCCACUUGACUGGAGUUGUGCUUCCUCAUCUAGCCUGUCCUGCCAUGCCCUGCGGAGUGUGUGGAUGUCCCGCACCACUGACUAACAGCUGUUUCGGCACGGUCUCUAACAAUGGACUUUGAAACGAAGAUUUAUACCAGAAUCGGUGGAUAUGGACGAUAUAACAGAAUUGUUUCCAUAUUCAGCUGGUUUCCGAACUUUGCUGUGACGCUGAACCUUUUCUGCGACGUUUUUUACACUCUGAUUCCCGGGUCGUACCACUGUAAACCCGACCCGGCUCUUUUACCUUCAGGUUUUCUUUUCAGUAAUUAUUCCAGACAAGGGUAUCUCAAUUUUACCAUACCGUGGGUGAAUGGUUCUGGACUGAGUCACUGUGAACUUUAUAAGUACCCUAGAAACGUCUCCAACUUCAUAGACAGCAUUCCAAAGGAGAUAGUGCCAUGUACGAGAGGAUGGGAGUACGACCAAGCUGCGGCGCUUCAGAGCAACUACGUGACAGAGUGGAACCUAGUGUGUAGGGACUACUGGAAGAUUCCUCUGCAGCACAUCUGCUUCAUGACAGGGUGGAUUGUGGGAUAUGUCCUCCUGGGCACCGUGUGUGACUGGUUGGGUCGUCGACAGGGCUUCCUGCUGUCUGUGUCUCUGUCCAGUCUGUUAGGAGUAGCUGUGUGUCUGUCCAACAGCCCUGUAGUGUUUCUGCUGCUACGCCUGUCUCAGGGCGCCAUGUUGGCUGGGGUCUUCCUCUCCUCUUACCUCGCCAGACUGGAGCUGUGUGAUCCUCCCCAUCGUCUCAUGGUUGAAAUGGUCAGCGGUUUCUUUGCCAUCGCGGCAGAGCUCUUGUUGCCAGGGCUGGCGGUGCUGUGUCGUGAUUGGCCAGUUCUUCAAGCAGUGGCUACCUUGCCACUGCUCCUGCUGCUCUCCUAUUGGUGCUGUCCAUCAGUGUUUCCCGAGUCUCCACGCUGGCUUCUGGCCACAGGUCAGAUCCACCAGGCUAAGAGGUGUCUCCAGAGCUUCUCCAUCAGGAACAGAGUGUGUCUCGGUGAGGACAUCUACCCUGCUGAGAACCUGCUCUCAGAGAUCGAUGCGGAGUACCCAGAUGAUACUCAGCCUUUCUACCACUCAGUCCUGGAGUUGCAUUCCACCCGAGUGAUCUGGAGGAACUGCCUCAUCCUUAGCUUUACUAUGUUCAUAGGCACAGGCAUCCAAUACUGUUUCAUCAGGAACCUCCACAGCUACUCCCAUAACUUCUACUUUAGUUACUUCCUGCGUGUGCUGACUGGAGCUCUGGGAUGUAUCUUCCUCUGCCUGUCCGUCAACCGCUUUGGUCGCCGUGGUAUCCUGCUUCUGUCUGCCAUUAUCACCGGCCUGUCCUCGCUGCUGCUGCUGGCCCUCACACAGUAUCUGCGUGGUGUGCUGGUGUUGUUGCUGUCUGUGCUGGGGCUCCUCUUCUCCCAGGCCCUGGCCAUGCUCAGUGUAUUCUUCACCAGUGAGGUCAUGCCCACCGUAAUCCGUGGUGGUUGUCUGGGGCUGGUGCUAGCGUCUGGCUGUAUGGGGAUGGCUGCCUCCUCUAUGAUGGAGCUUCAGAACAACAGGGGUUACUUCCUCCACCACGUCAUCUUCGCCUCCUUCGCCGUCCUCUCAGUGCUGUCCAUCAUGCUGCUGCCGGAGAGCAAGCGCAAGCCGCUACCCGACUCCCUGAAGGAUGGAGAGAGCCAGCGACGGCCCCCUCUCUUCCUGUCCCGUGAAGACAACCUGCCCCUGCUCUAUACCCGGCGUGGAGCCUCCGAGUACAACCCUGAUAACUACUCCCGCCUGGUCACCGCCACCAGGAAGAUGCUCAUCAAAGACAAUUUACCCUAUAAGAUCGUUGUGCCCUCCCAGUCCCCACUGUUGCCUUCCAACAGCGAGGUGCACUGCAUACUGGAGGAAGAACCACUAAGAGAGGACUUGUCUUAGCAGCCUCUAACUGCCAUCCUCCUCUCCCACAGAGAGACCUCGCCUCAAAUCCACUGAAUAUCUCUCCCCACCACACUGAGACAGUGUGAUCCAGAUUCGUGUCGCUAUGAACGACGGGUCUUCUUGGAUAUUUUGAAGGGGAGGAGAGUUUGAGAUGUGUGUAUUUGCUGUGUCAGUGUUCUGUUGUUGUUGUGCCAAAUGUUUCAAAUAAUACAAAAAACGAUGUGUGUGUGUGUGUGUGUGUGUGUGUGUGUGUGUGUGUGUGUGUGUGCGCUUGCACAGACUGCUGAAAGACUGUGUGCUAGUCCUUUGUUUUUGUACUGAUGGAGAUCUGCUGUUUCUAAGACAGUGUUAACACCCUCUCUUCUCCAGGUUGUGCAGCAAGGACCUAUGACUUUAUUAACCACUAAGCCUAAAGGCUCACUUGAGAAGCGUUGCUUGUCCACUUAACUGGUGACUUGUGCUUUUCAUUACUGCAGAGCGAAAGAGCGAGAGCAGGGUCCUGACUGUUACUUAAUCUGAUUCACUGGGGACUCAACGAGGGAACUCACAGAUAGUCCGUUUGGCUCACACUGGAAUGUGUUGUAGCCAAUUGUUUGAUUUUGGCGGGGAACUCGAUGAAGUAUCAGUCACUGAUAAUAUCGCCGAAGCUAUGACCUUAGCAAUGAAAGGUAAUUCCAUCCUGUCCACUUGUUGAACAUGUGUUAAGAACAUGAGGUGUUGUCACAUGAUGAUUUGCACCCGGAACAGAGUUCUGAGAUAAAGAGUUGUUUUAGAUUAUUGAAAUGUGAUUAGGUCAUGACCUCUACUCUGAGUCAUUAUAAACUGGGUGGUUCGAGCCCUGAAUGCUGACAGCUGUGGUAUAUCAGACAAUAUACCACGGGUAUGACACAGUGUAUUUUUACUGCUCUAGUUACGUUGGUAACCAAUUUAUAAUAGCAAUAAGGCGCCUCGGGGAUUUGUGGUAUAUGGCCAAUAUACUACGGCUAAGGUCUGUAUCCAGGCACUCCGCGUUGCGUCGGGCAUAUGAACAGUCGCCCCCCCCUUAUUACUUAAUUAUAACCUUUCAAGUGCGACUUUAACUUGUACUUUACCUUAUAUUAGUUGUCACAUCAAUUUCUCUGCCUUAAACUGAGCUUUCCUGUUUAAAAAAGGCAGUUGCUAGGACAUGAUACUUAACAUUCUAUGUAAUUUAACUGAAAAUACAUUUGAUCAACUAUUAAACCACUUUUCACUGCCCUCUUUGGUAUUUGACUGUGGUUUGAGGUUUGCGUUGUUGUCCCUCUUGGCCUGGCUGUGAAACUGUUUUACAUUAUAUUGUUGGAUAGGAUGUUUACUCUUAUCCCAACUCAUUCUCUUUUAAUGUUUCAUCCCCUCUCUUUUGCUUGCAUGGGAACAUAAACUUCCUGUACUGGGGGCUAUCUGGAAAAACUUUACCCCACAGCUGACAAUAUUCUGUCCUUCUAAAGAUACUGUGUAUAUAGAAUUAUAUACAUAUAUAAAACUAGAAUAAAAAUGUCCUCAAGCAUCAAGUUUGAGGAGAUUAACUUCCUUUCAGAUUAUGGAAAACAAAAUGUCCCUCAGACCCGGCCAGUACUUUUUCAACAAUGCUAUUCCACUUUUGACAUCAAUGGGGUCUUAACGAGGUCACUGGGUGUUGAACUAAGGUUGCUGUCGUAUUUUUAUGAAGCUGAUCCACUUCUAUUUUGAACUUUUAUUUGCUUGCUCGCCUCACUUUUCAAAAAUGACAUCCGUUAAUCACGUUUGAAUGGCCUAAACUGAAAAUGUAUUGAGUUCUGUCCUGUUCUUCAUGUCUGAUACAAUGCUUACCACAAGAUGGUGCUGUUCUCUCAUGUAUUGACUGUACAAAAUCUACCAUUUGUCUUUCUCAACUGGGUGUCACGUUUGAUUAUCAACAAAGUCUGAUUUUUGUAUUUUGAAGAAUUGGAAAUGUUAUGAUUGUAAAUAAGAUAAGAAUUGCCAGGUGCUUGGAGUUAGUUCAAACACACCAUGGCCGAACAGCCUCGAUCAUGACGUCUUUUUGUACAGCAUUCUCAAAAUGAUUGAGCCAGAUGGGAUAAUAGACACUGUUGUUGAAUGAAGCACACCGUUCUUGCCUGGCCUUGAGUUUAUUUUGUAAAUGUCAAAAUGAAGUUAAUUGUGCGCAUUGGACAGUGUUCCAUGAAUGUUCUAGGGCUGUAUAGGAACAGGGAAAAGACGACUGAAGUACAGCAGUUGUCUCAGCCAGGGCCUGAGAAAAUCACAUCUGGAACAACCUAUCUAUCAUUUGGGAUGCUCACUGUUGUCUCUCAUCCAUGUCUCAACCAUAAACCCUCCCCUGAAAACUUUUCAGUCAGUUUAGUAUUUCCUUAGUCACAUGUCUCAUGGUACAACACUAAACUCAAAUAAAAUCUAAUGAUUACACAA